AUGUUUGUUGCUGGCCAAAGUCAGUCAUCACUACCACAUCUGUGGUCUAGCGGUGCCGGUUCAUUUGCAUCUUUAUCACAGGAUCCUUAUAGUCGCACGCGUUCACUUGAUGUAUAUGUUAUCGAUUUGGAUCAUGAUACUGCAGGUAGCUACUUUCUCACUGCCUUCCAUCAAACUCCACCUGGUAACUUAACACUUAAUUGGAUUUUCAAACAACCUUCCGAAUUUCCAUCAGGUUUCGCCGAUAAAGUUGAGAAUGGAAAGGCUUGGGCGGUUGUUUAUAUGCAUUCAAAUAUUACUGCUCGUGUUAAUCAGAUCAUUGAAUCGAUUUUGUACGGAUAUUCAUACAACUCGAUCUCCUACAUACCUUCAUCAGCAGUAAACAUUGUUUAUGACGAAGGUCGCAAUCCAAAUACUGUCGAUGGGUUCACUUUACCUCCCAUUCAAAUAGCUAUCGCUACUGCUAGCGCUAACUAUGCUGCCUACAUACAAGCUCGUAUUGAUUCCUAUUCAAAUGCAACAUUCAACACUGUUAUGAUGGCUGUGUCACUGUCUCAAAUUAUCUCGUCGCCUAUCGGUUUCACCAAUGUGAAUUUGCAUCCAGCAUCUUCCUAUGCUAGAUCACUCGCUACUGGUCUUGGCUAUCUAUUUCUAUGGCUAAUUAUGACCGCUCUUGUAACAGUAAACAUACGCAUCACGACCCCGCUGGUUAAAAAAAUAAAACUCAUCGAUAUUGCCAUAAUACGCAUUUUAAGCGCUAUCUUUAAUAGUCUCAUUAUUUCACUAAUCUACAGUUUAUGCGUUCUCUGGUUCGGCAACUUCACCGACGCAAUACCAUUCAUUAGAUUUUGGCUAUUCAAUUGGCUUGCCGCCUACACAUGCGUAUCUAUAAUAGCUCUUUUCAGUCUUAAUUUGGGAGUAAUGGCUCAUAUUGUAUUGAUACUGUUUCUUAUUCUUAAUUUCUCAACAGCAGGUUCAAGUUUGGCUAUUGAACUUCAAUAUACAUUCUAUCGUAUUGGCUAUGGUUUACCUCUCUUUCAUUGUUUGAGUGCUGGCCGUCAUCUACUUUUUGGCUCACAUACUAGAUUUGGCGUUGAUGUGGGCACAUUGAUUGUUUACUGUACUAUUUGCAUUCUGUUGACAAUUAUCACUAGCGCGAUCCGUAUGCAUAAACAACAAAAACUAAUCACUAAGAAUAAACACGAAGAAAUCUUCAAGAAAAAAAAAACUAUCAAUAAAGCAUGGGCACGUUAG